AUGAAAACAAAGGCCUAUGCCUCCAUUGGCCGCUCCCCGUCCCCUCCCGCCCCGCCGGGACCCCCGUGUCACCGCGGGCCCGCUCGAGGCCUGGGCCCCGUCUACCCCCGCACCCCCACCGCUGCCCGGAACCCGACCGGCAGCGCCGCGACCCCGCGGCCCGCAACCCUCCCCCAACCAUUCCGCCGCCCCGACCCACCCGGCGCGGAGCAGGCGGCCUCCCCGGUGCGAGUGUCCAAAGUAACGUACCACGUAACGGAAGAAUACAAAAGGCCCCGAAGGUCCCGCUGCGAUGGCGGGCGCUGCUGGGGCCGAGGGUCGGCACUCUCCCGCCGUACCGUGCCCCAGCCGUACCGUGCCUCAGCGGUACCGUGCCGCAGCCGUACCGUGCCUCAGCGGUACCGUGCCGCAGCCGUACCGUGCCUCAGCGGUACCGUGCCGCAGCCGUACCGUGCCUCAGCGGUACCGUGCCGCAGCCGUACCGUGCCUCAGCGGUACCGUGCCUCGGCGGUAUCGUGCCCCAGCCGUACCGUGCCCCGGCGGUACCGUGCCCCGGCGGUACCGUGCCCCAGCGGUACCGUGCCUCAGCGGUACCGUGCCCCAGCGGUACCGUGCCCCAGCCGUACCGUGCCCCGGCGGCACCGUGCCCCAGCGGUACCGUGCCUCAGCGGUACCGUGCCCCAGCCGUACCGUGCCCCAGCUGUACCGUGCCCCAGCGGUACCGUGCCUCAGCCGUACCGUGCACUGCUGCCCGGCAGCGGCUGA